AUGGAAGAAACAAGAAAACGCCAUCUUGAAGAUGAUAUUUUUCUACCAACAUUAAAAAAACGAGUUGUUGAUAUUAAAGUGGAGAGUGUUGAUUCAAAAUCUAAAACCUCUGAGAAGCCUUGUGUUAUAGAAAUCGGUAUUUUACCACCAGCCUCUGAAUUAGAAGAGUUAAGCUUUUCAUUGAAAAAGGGUUCAGAUGGUGUUUAUAAAAUUCGUGGUUCAAUGGGAGAGACGUUACAAUACAAACAAAUAGAAGAUAGAACUGAUUAUAUGAAAUAUGGUAUUGGUAUUCGUAAAAAGGGGUCAACAACAAUUGAAAUUAUUCCAGUAGAACAUUUUAAUCUUCGACAUGAGAUUAGUGAUGCUGAAGUUGUUCAUGCAGAACCUGGAACAUAUUUAGAACAAAGGUUGGAUUUAAAUAAUAGUUUUGGUACUUCAAGACAUGCAAUUAAUAAGGUAUUGAGAGGAAGAAUGGAAGAAGUUACUGGGACACAUGACAUUGAAAGAGAAGAAGUUGUUCCCGGAGAAAAGGAAGAAAAGAAAGAUGUUCUUGAUCCAAAAGACUUUCCUGAUAUUCCACCAUUUGAUCCUGUUACAACUGAAGCAUCAGAAAUAUUUGCACUUGAUACUUUAAUGACACCAGAUGAGAAGACAUAUUAUUCUAAUUGUGCACGUGAUGUUAGAAAUAAAUUGAAAGCUAAAGAUCCUGUUAAAAUAAAUGAAGUAAUGAAUAUUAUAAAAACAACUAAAUUUGGAGCAUCAUUUGUUCCAUUACUUUCUCAAAUGGAAAAAGUAAGAUUAUUAACUGUUGUUAGUUUAUUAGAACUUUAUCGUUCUCUUAAUGUCCUCUUUAUUAAAGGUGCUCAUAUAAAAUCAGAGAAUAUAGCAAGAAAAGUUGCAUCUGAAAAUUGGAUUGAUGAAACAGUUUUUGUUGGACUUUGUGAUAGAUUUUUAGAUAGUAUUAAUGAAAGUGAAUCUAAGAAGUAUAUAUAUUCUAAUUUAAAUAAAAUGUUAAUAACUAAUACUGCCAUUGUGACUGCUUUACAUAUUUGUAAUUUUUCUAUUUCCAUGGGAUAUGUUAAAACUAUUGGUGUUGAUUUUCUAAUGGUUGAUAUAGUUACUAAAAGACAUCUUAUUCGUAUAGGAUGUAUAAAAGAGUCUAAGGCAAAUGGAGGAGUUAGAAGAGAAGAGUGUUAUACAUUGAAGGCACCAAUUAAGAUUGUUUCAGAACAAAAACAUAAGAGAGCUUCUCAGAAAAAGGUAUUUUGAGAUGAUUGUGACUGAAAUAACGAAUGUUAAG